CCGGUUGAUUUGUUGUCAUUGCUGUUAUCGACGUUUUUCAUUUUCAUUCAAACUUUCUAGCGCUUCGUUUGGAAUCAGUUACCGGGCAGCCAAACUGAUCGUUAAGAAUUUAUCCGUCAAAACAAUGACAAGGCUCGGUAGAAUGCAUCAAUUUCUGCAAGAACUUCGAGGGAAACGCCAAAUUUCGGGUUUAUUUUUGGUUGGGUUAGUCACCUGCCCGCUUGCAUGAACGAAAUAUUUCACGGGUGAGUUCAUAGAGUUGAUCCAUUUGCGGAUUCUAUCAUCCGUGGCUAUGAAAGGGAGCCUAAGUAGUUUAUAGUUCGGCAGUGAAUCAUGGCUGAUUUAUAGCUUGAAAGGUUCGGUACUCUCACGAAACAUUUUCGGUGCAUUGGACACAACAGGCUGAAUAUAUAGUCAUGCCAAAGCCGCAAACUGUAAUUUGCUAUAUCUGCGGACGAGAUUUCGGCCCCCAUUCAAUAAAUGUCCACGAAAGGCAGUGUGCCAAACGCUGGGAGGCAAACAAAAAACAACAACGCGAAAUAGAAGAUGAAAAGAAAGCCCGGGAAAAGAAGAGAGAACCAUGGAAAGAGCCUGUCUUUCCUCCCCUCAGAAGGCAUGAACAAUUUACUAGGAGUCUACAUGAUAUUAGGGCGAAAAGGGAUUCCCUCCAUUUAGAAUUUGAGAAAGAUCUUCUUUAUUCGUUGAGACCCCAAACUUCCACACUAGAAGAGCCCGAAGAGAAGACCCCACAUAUUCAAGAGAAAGAAGGUACAGUGGAUGGAACUACUGUUGGAAUCCCUGGAGCUAAAGUAGAAUAUGAUGUUGCAGAAGUGAAGGAAAGUCUAAAUCGUAGCCAACAACCAUUGGUGGAGGAUCAUAAUGAGAAGUUUUCACCAGAACAAAAUACCAAAGAGAAUGAUAGUUCAGCAAGCAACAAAACAGAAACUGCACCAACAUCAGCACCAAGAUUGGCAGCUUCUAAUUUAAGAAGACAUAUCGGCACACCUGUACUACCAAGCAGAGUUAACGCAAUAAAAUUUUUGAAAGCAAAGUCUAGUUGUCCAGAAAGUAAUGUUGCUAAGCAACCAGAGGCAGAUGGAAGUACAACAUCGUCCAGGAAUAGUUCCCCCUUAUCAUCAGCGUCAUCAGACUCACACGACCCUAACCCAAGCACGAGUACUAGCCAAGUCCCUUUCCAAACACCAAGGUUCAGAUCAACUAAGAACCCUAAUAUGUUAGUUUGCUAUAUCUGUGGGAAUGAGUUUGGAUCCAAAUCACUCAAAAUCCAUGAGCCCCAAUGCCUAAAGAAAUGGAAGCUUGCUAAUCCCAGGUACUACUCCCGCAAAGGGAGCAGCGGGGGCAUGUUCAAAGCCAACUCUACCAAUACACUGCAUUCUGCUACCAAUCAUUCUACAGAAUUGAAAACUCCAAGUAAACAAAACAACAAAAGCACAUCUGAUAGUAUCAAAUCACAAUCAUGUGAAAAUUUAUUGGACCCUUCCCAAAAUGUUGGUAGUCUGCAGGCCUUGAAAGAGCUAUCCAAAUCUCAAGGACGUUUAGGACCACCAGUUGUUCUUGGACGAUUGGGACCCCCUAAACGCCCAAAUAUGGUUCCCUGUUACAUAUGCGGCAAAGAGUUUAUAAAGCAUUCCUUACAGGUUCACGAAAAACAAUGUCUUAAAAAAUGGGAUGCAGCAAAAAUCAAACUGGAGAAGGAGGAGAAAGAAAGACGAUUGAAGAAAACUGAAAGGGCUAGUCGCAAACAAACAGCCAAGCUACCUGUUACUAUAAAGAUUGAUGGAGUUGAUGACAUUGAAAAUAAUAAUCUUGAGAAUGUUGAUAAUUCUAAUAGAAAGGGUAGAGAAAGGGAGGAAUCUUUUGAUGCAACAGUGGCUAAACACAAGACUAAAACACCUUCUACUGUCACGUGCUACAUCUGUGGUCGAGCAUACGGCUCAGCUUCCAUCUCCAUUCAUGAAAAACAGUGUCAGAAAAAAUGGGAGGCACAUGAGGCCAAGAAAGAAGAGGAGGCAUUACCUAGGAAGGGGAAGAGAAAACCCAGACCAAAAUCAUUUGUGUUGUAGUAUUACAAUGUAAUUUCAAUUCUUUAUUUACCAGUCUGUAUUUACAAGUGAAUUGAGAGCAAUCUGCUAGGGAAAAUAUGCCUAAAAAAGGAAAGAGUUUUUUUGGGCAACUCUUUAUGUAUAAAAGCUUUAGCAAAUAGAUUUUAUGUUUUCUUCCAUAUGUUAAAAAAACAAACAGCUAGCAAAUAUACCUGAAAAGAAAUACUUGCCUUGUAUAUGAAGCAGACCACACAUUUCUGGUAAAUUUAUAUCCUUUGUAGGUAUACUGGCAAUUUUAAGGUGGUUAUAAUUUUUGUAAUUAAAAAUUUUAUUUUAUUUUUGGCAUGCAUGUUAAUUCCACUAAGGGUAUCUUAGAACUGUUCUGAGUUCUACAACCAGUUUUUUUUGUUUUGUUUUAAUUUUUAUCCAUUGAAAGAGAAUUAAUAAAUCAUCAUUUAAUAUGAAGUUGAGAUGCCUUUAAUUCAGUAACUAAAAAUAGUUGGUAUUUAAACAAAUACUUAUAGGAAUGCUAAUGAAUUGGUUUGUAUAGUUAGCAUGGAAUAUUUGGAUGGAAAUAGCAGGUGGAAAUCAGUUUAAAUAUGAAGCAAGUUGAUGUUGGCUGAUAGCUGUUUCUCAAGCUUUUCCUG